AUGCUCAUUCCUCACCACGAAAAAACAUUCGAACUAUCAUGUGCCGUCCCAUUAUUAAUUAUCAGAGGAUGCGAGACAUUGCGAGUCCAAUACUUGGUUGCUAUGGUCAUGACCCUUGGUCGGAGCAGCAGAACGAGUCAAGACUGUGCAGUUACUUGUACAAAAAAGCACACCACAAAUCACGUGACCGAUAACGGCCAAGUUCGGCAAUCCAUCUCGGGCACACUUUAUUCACAACUCCCACAAGGCGUUCCACCAUCUCUAGACAAAUCUGGCAACCCGUUCUCAUUUUGCUCAGUUCAGCUACUUGACUUAUUCCAAAAAAUGUCGAUCCCAAUUUUGGCUGCAUUUGGUACAUGGAAAUCUCCUCUGUCUAUUGACGACUUGACGCAUCCAAGAAACGUCGAAUCACCUUUCUUGGAUCUUCUUGUCGAUCGUGCAGCCUGCGCGAUAUACCACAUCGAAAAGCGACCGCAUGAAAGUGGCCGGAACUCGCUGGUGCAGACUGAAACCAAUCAAGACCUAACAAGCACAGAGUGGGAUGUCAGAACUUCAGUCAAUGGAUAUGGCGGGGCGCCGGCCGUCAUCCACAAUAAUAUCGCCUACUUUUCGCAUGCUCGGGAUGGAAGAGUCUAUAUGAUGCGUGGGCCAUUUAAUCGACGACCAGAACCGAUCACUCCAGAAAAUCGGAAUCACCGCUUUGCUAAUUUCGACGUGUACCCUCUUGAUCCAACCUUGCUUGUUUGUGUGAUGGAAGAUCACACCGAUGCAACGUCGCCAUUGGAAGUGGUGAAUAGUCUCUGCAUACUCAACACUAAAACCAAACUCGUCCAUCCAGUCGAAUCCGAUGCUUCCUUCUAUUCGUCUCCGAUAUUCUCACCUGAUGGAAAGCACAUCGCGUGGAUAGAAUGGGACUUACCCGAUAUGCCCUGGUCAGGGAGUGAGCUCUGGGUUGCUGAAGUUGCCCCGAUUCCAAAUUCCGACUCUCUCUCACUGCACAAUCCACGACUGAUUGCUGGAGAGCAUCGCAAAAUCAGCAUCGCCUACCCUUCUUGGGUAUCCUCUGACAUCCUUCUUUUUACCUCCGACAUAUCAGGCUUCGAAAAUCCCUGGGUAUUCGACUGUACGACCAGUAACUCCCAAGCGAAGCCUGUCUUGGCAGUACCAGUCGAAGAAUCGUUCGGCUACGGACAGCCCCCACGGUUAGGCUACUCUCCUUAUGCUGUUACAGAUUCUCCGAUGGUCGUAUUUACAGCCGUUCGUGAUGGGCGCAGUGUCCUCUACCUCGUCAACAUCUCCACUGGCUCGAUAGAGCCACUUUUCUGUCCAUUCGUCGAAAUCCACCGAAUCCGAUCUCUGAAACCUAAUCAGUUUGUUUUUAUCGGCACAAAAGUAGAUCAAAGUUCCACUCUCAUUCGCUGCACAUUAUCACCAGAGCCUGUGUACGAGGACAUCGUUCAACCUAGUUCUCACGGUUCAACACUGCCUCAAGAUUAUGUAUCCCUUCCUCAACCCAUCUCUAUCCAGAUUGACGACUCCAAGUUGGAAAUUCAUAUCGUGUAUUACCCUCCCACAAACCCACAAUAUGCCGCUGCAGGGGAAGAGCGACCGCCCUGUGUUCUCAAUGUUCACGGUGGUCCCGUCGGAUUCGCAGCGCAAUCAUUCAAUGCGACCAAACAGUUCUUUACCACACGAGGGUGGGCUUGGCUCGACGUUAAUUUUGGAGGCACUUCGGGCUAUGGACGGGCGUACCGCAAUCGGCUGAUGGGUAAUUGGGGAAUUACCGACGUUGACGACUGUAUUCUAGCUGCUCGUUCACUGUCUUCCUCGCCCUACAAUCUGAUUGACCCAAAGCGCAUCGUCAUCCGUGGUGCUUCAGGUGGUGGCUUCGCUGUCCUCGCUUCAUUUUCCUUCAGAGCCGCUGAUACUCGAGGAGUAUUUGCCGCUGGUACAUCCCUAUACGGCAUCUCGGACUUGAGGCUGCUGCAAAAGGACACGCACAAGUAUGAGAGCCGCUACUUGGAAAUGCUCAUCGGCGACGAUUCCGACACUGUGCUUCUGGACUCUCGCUCUGCCAUUCGUCACGUGGACAAGAUCGAAGUGCCUCUUCUUAUAUUACAGGGCGAUGCUGAUACAGCUGUUCCUAAGGCUCAGGCAGAGGGAAUUGUAGAGAGCAUCCAAAAACGCGGUGGAACGGUCGAGUACAUGCUUUACAGUGGUGAAGGGCAUGGGUGGAAACAAAAAGAUACGAUUCAGGAUGCCAUUCUUAGAGAAUGGCGAUUUUACAACAGGGUUUUAGGCAUCCAGGCGGAAGAGUAG